GUUCUUCUUGAAGCGUUCGUGUGGAAACAUUCAUCCAUAUUUUUGAUAACAUUUCUCAAGAAACUUGCAAUGACGUGUUUCACCAGUGAAAAGAUGACUUCAUUAAUUAAACAGGCUUCCAUUUGGUCCGUCAUAAUCGGAACAUUAUCCGUAAUCAUUUUGGCAUUAGUUGUCUUCGCUCUUCGAUUUUACGUACGAAGAAAAUCAAAGGAUGCGCUUCCACAUCUCCGAUAUGUGGAAGGUGAGGGAGAACAUUUCCGUCCCGUUGUGGUCGGUUUUUUUCACCCCUACUGCAAUGCAGGAGGUGGAGGAGAAAGAGUGCUGUGGACUGGCAUUCGUGCUCUUCAGAGGCGCUAUAAUUUUGUUCGCUGUGUUGUGUACACCGGUGACUCGUUCGUGACUGGGAAGGAAAUUCUCCGCAAAGCGGAAGAACGUUUCAACAUAUCGUUACCUCGAUCAGUAGAGUUUGUGUUCUUGAAGAAAAGGCGCUGGGUCGAAGCGAGCACGUAUCCACAUUUCACUCUCUUGGGACAAAGCUUUGGUUCCAUGAUUCUGGGCUGGGAAGCCUUGAACAGUUAUUUGCCGGACAUAUUUGUGGACACCAUGGGCUAUGCCUUUACCCUGCCAAUGUUUCGCUAUCUGGGAGGAUGCCAGGUUGGUUGCUAUGUUCAUUACCCUACCAUCAGCACUGACAUGUUGUCACGUGUGGGUGAUCAAACAGCUUCCUACAAUAAUGCCGCUUAUAUUAGUAAUAGUCGUGUCCUGAGUGCAAUCAAGUCAAUUUAUUAUUUCCUGUUUGCUGUGCUGUAUGGUUUGGCUGGCUCAUGUGCUGAGGUUGUCAUGGUAAACUCCACCUGGACUUAUGGCCAUAUCGUGUCAUUGUGGCGAAAGAAGAACCGGACAUCAAUAGUGUAUCCCCCCUGUGACACGAAAGCUUUCCUAGAGCUGCCUGUGAAGGUUGACAGGGUUGACGGCAAUGAAGAUGAUGAUGAAAGUAUUCAUUCCAUAGUGUCAGUGGGACAGUUCAGACCAGAAAAAGACCACCCACUCCAAAUAGAGUCCUUUCAUGAAUUCCUUAAAUGCCAAAUGGCCAAAGAUAGACACAAGUUUAAGCUUAUUCUUGUUGGAAGCUGCCGAAAUCAAGAAGACAAAGAUAGAGUUGUUUCUCUGAAGCGGCUGGUUUCAAAGCUUGAAAUAAAAAAGAAUGUUGAGUUUGCCUUGAAUGUUUCCUUUGACAGGCUCAAAUCUUAUCUUGCUGAAGCCACUAUUGGUCUCCACACUAUGUGGAAUGAACAUUUUGGUAUUGGCGUUGUUGAGUGUAUGGCAAGUGGUGCCAUUGUCUUGGCUCAUGACUCUGGAGGUCCCAGAAUGGACAUUGUCAUUGAAUGGGAAGGAAAACCAACAGGGUUUCUUGCAAGUGACAAGAAAAGCUAUGCAUCUGCAAUGGAAACAAUAUUUUCCCUUUCACCAGAGGAGAGGAAUGUUAUCCGCUGCAAUGCAAGAAACAGUGUUGCCAGAUUUUCAGAGAAAACUUUUGAGAGUGGAUUUCUUCAAUGUACAGAGCCCUUAUUUAUGGGUGCAUGAUUCUCUUAGGGCUGAAUGUAAUUUAGUUUCCAAUAUUAUUGAUCUUUUCAAUGUGUAUUUUGAUGAAGGUUCAACCAAUUCUGUUUUGUCUGAAAAAGUUUAAUUUGUUUAUUAGAUGAAAAAAGACUUAAGUUAGACAUAUUUAUCAUAUUCAAGGGAAAAACAGAUAGAUUAUGUUUGCCUUUGAGGAUUUUUACCUCAGUCCUUUUUUUAAUUUUGUGGGUCCAUGCUUCACCAACUUAGCUACAGAGAACGGAAAGACUGAAAUAAGUUACUAGGUGAUUGGAUUAACUGACUGUGGUAUUCUGGGAAAAUCAUGAAAUGUGCAUGGUACAUAAUUUGCAAUUUUUUUCCAUUGUUGUCAGCUAUUAUACAUUAGCAUUUGCCUUGUAUUGCUAUCCCAGUAAUUUUCUUUUCCCAUUUUUAGCAAAUGGAAAAUAAGGGAAAACUAAUGAGAUUGGACAAGUUUGUCACACAAUUUUGUAAAAUGCGGCUCUAAGAUGAUGUCAAAGGACCAAAUAUUGCUGUAAUUGGCUGUAGAUUAUUGACAAGUGUACCUGUAUAAAGCACACCCUAAAUAUGUCUCUCUGGCAGUUUGGUGAGCUACAAUUGGUAGUUAUAAUGACCUAGUGUCACUGGCUUAAAUAAUUAGGCUAUAACUUACUAACAUUUGCAAUGCACAUGUAGGUAUACAACUUGCAUAAGGUGUCAUUGUUCAAUACACAUGGUAACCUGAAAACCUAAACUUUGUUUAUAGUGAAUACUUUAUUGUCAACAAGUUUGCCUGCUCUGUUAGAUUGAUUAACAUUUCUUUGUAACUAAUUUCAUGUUAAAAUGUGUCAAGCUCUUUGCUGUCAAUAGUUCCUAAUCCCUUGUGAUCUUUAGGGCUGGUUUUGUAAAAGUUUCACUCAAGUUAACCAUGAUAUAUUUCUCAUUACUUCUUAUGUUUGAUCAGUAAAACAAAAGACUAUUGAA